UCUAACUGACAUUUCUUUUGAAUUCGGCUAUGGAGAGUGCCUCUGAUGCCAGCUGCUGGCUUGUGAACUUUUACCCUUCUAUUCUUUUUGCUUGAUAACUCGUUAAUGGAACCGCAUGGAUGUUGAGAAAUAAAACAGAAUCCGUUUUCUCUUUAUGCUUUUCUUCUGGGUUUUUUUUUUUUGGUGUGUGUGUGUGUCCGUGCCGUGGAAAAAGAACAGAGUAAAAGAAGCAGCACUUAUUUUUGCAUAAGGAUUGCAUUUACAUACCUGAAGUUAACUGAAUUAAUCCUGGCAUCCAAGAUGGAUCUCAAGUGUGCUCUGGAAGAGUGUUCAAUGGCACUGAACUUAUUUCUAAACAAUAAGUUCUCUGAAGCCCUGGAACUACUUCGUCCAUGGUCUAAAGAUAGUAUGUACCAUGCCCUUGGGUACAGCACGAUUUUAGUAAUGCAAGCUGCUAUGACCUUUGAACAGCAGGAUAUACAAAUGGGAAUUUCUACAAUGAAGGAAGCUUUGCAAACCUGCCAAAGAUUCAGAAAAAGAAACACAGUGGUGGAAUCCUUGUCCAAUCUAGUUUCUAAACAGUCAGCGGAUCAGUUAAGUGAAGAGGAAAUGCAUGCUGAAAUCUGCUAUGCUGAAUGCUUACUACAGAAGGCAGCUCUCACCUUCGUACAGGAUGAAAAUAUGAUCAACUUUAUCAAAGGUGGCCUCAAAAUUAGGACAAGUUACCAAAUAUACAAAGAAUGUCAUCAGGUGCUACAGAUGACUCAGGGGAACAAAAGCAAAAUUGAAACUUAUUACCAGUUUGAAGGUGGAGUGAAACUUGGAAUCGGAGCAUUCAACUUGAUGCUGUCACUUCUACCAGGAAGGAUUCUUCGACUUUUAGAAUUUAUUGGAUUUUCUGGCAAUAGGGAGUUGGGCCUCUGUCAACUACGUGAAGGCGCAUCUGGCAGCAGUUUGAGGGCCAUUCUGUGUACUUUCACCCUGUUGGUUUAUCAUACUUACGUCUCCUUAAUCCUUGGUACAGGGGAAGCUAACCUUCAGGAAGCAGACAGUCUCCUUGAACCCUACCUCCAUAAAUUUCCAAAUGGUUCCAUUAUUCUAUUUUAUGCUGCCAGAAUAGAUAUACUGAAAGGAAAUUUUGAAAAGGCACAAUCGAGGUUCCAAGAAUGCAUAGCAGCCCAGCAAGAGUGGAAACAGAUUCAUCAUCUCUGUUACUGGGAAUUGAUGUGGUGCUACACCUUCCAGCAGAACUGGCUUCAAGCAUAUCGGUAUGCAGACCUGCUCAGCAAAGAGAGCAGGUGGUCUAAGGCAAUAUAUGUAUUCCAGAAAGCAGCAAUUCUAUGUAUGCUUCCAGAGGAUGAUUUGAAAAGGACUGGUGAGGACAUUGUAUCUUUAUUCAGACAAGUGGAUGGUCUAAAACAGAGAAUUGCGGGAAAAUCUAUCCCAACGGAGAAGUUUGCAGUGAGGAAAGCUCGACGCUAUGCAAGUCCUCAACCAGUGAAGCUGAUACUGCCUGCCUUGGAAAUGAUGUACGUUUGGAAUGGCUUUGCAAUUGUGGGCAAAAGAGCAGAUCUCACUGAAAGUUUACUGGUAACAAUUGAAAAAGAAGAAACUGCUCUACAAAAUGAAACUAAUCACAAUGAAUACUAUAUGGAUGAUGUGUGCAUGUUGCAGUUACUGAAAGGCCUCUGCCUGAAACACUUAGGAAGACUCAUGCAAGCUGAACUAUGUUUCAGUAAAGUAAUUCAAAGUGAGAAGCAAAUAAAAUAUGACAGUUAUUUGGUGCCAUUCACCCUGUAUGAAUUGGGUCUCCUGUACAAGCAACAGGAUGAGAGAGAAAAAGCAAUAAGAUACAUCGAAACUGCAAAAAACAACUACAAAGAAUACUCUAUGGAAUCCAGGUUGCACUUCAGAAUCCAUGCAGCCCUUGACAGCUUAAAGGUGUCGCCUGCUUCAACACCUUGAAUGAAGAGGGAUGCUUUUCAUGCAUACAAUACAUACAAUAGCCUACACAAUCUUUUUGCAAUCUUUUUUUUUUAAUCAAGAAACAACCUGAUGAUUGUUUUCUGUCAUCUCUGAUUUGAUGUAUGUCAUUCCUUUAGAAUGUUCUUUUUCUGUAUAGCGCAUACACUAUAUCUACUUGAUACUUUAAAGAAGACCUUAUAUUUUGUUUGAUAAAAAUAAUUUAAUAUUUGACUUGAAUGGGGGAUAUUUUAAAAAAGUGAUGGUGCAAUAAAGUUUUAUGCAAACACUUUAUUUUUUUAUAUGAAACCAGGUGCGGGUUAUGCAGUGGAACUGGUGAUAAUUUCUGCAUUUUGUGAAGGUUUGAUUUUCUGCAGUACACUUGAGACCUUCUUGCCUCUGGGACAAAAAUGCAGUGUCUGCAGAUAACCUUUACCCACAUUUGGCAUACCAUGUUCCAAAAUUUGUGUUCCAGAGGAAAAAAAUAAUCAUCUUCGACUUAAUUUCAUUUUGGGAACAAAAUGAACCCAUCUUAAGUGCACUAUUUUUACACUGUCAGAUAAAGUUAGGCAGGGCUACACGUAUAAUGUCUUUGCAGAUCUGCUUCACUCAAAAUAAGUGAUUACGGGGGAUAUUUUUCAGCUGUAGAACAGCAGGGCUACUAGGGACAUUAAGAGAUUGUGUAUUCUUUUUUUUUUUUUUUUGCCCUAAAAAAAGCGAUCAGCAGUCUUGGGUCAUUCCUGAUAGAUAGAUGUUUAACUUGUUUUUUUAAAAAGCAAGCUUGUACUGAGAGAGGUUUUGUAACUUACACAGGAUGUUUUUCCCAGUGGGAAAAGACUAGGAAAUUUUUCCCGAUGUCAGCCCCAAACUGAUUGCUUCCCGUCUUCUCUGUUACGGGUCUGGAGAAAGGAUUAUUUCCCUUUUUUGAAGCAGUCUAUUAAUAUUUGAAGACUGAUCCCCUUCUUGAUAUUCUCUGUUCUUGGGUUCCAACCCAAAUAAAUAAAUAUUUGUAGAGUUUAUUUAUUUUCCUAAUAAUAUUAGGAAAUAUUAGCUAAAUAAACAUAAUGGGUCUCUAGAAUUGGAAACCUAAUCCAAAGUCUGUUGUCUUCACUGGUCUGGAUUUGUGCCUAUUGUAAAUGCAUAACUAAAUUGUUGCGUAAAAUUAGACACCUUUGGUUUGAAGCUUAGAUACCUGAGAGACUGAGUCACCAAUAAACGCUUAUUUUAAAAUACAUUUUAUUAACUGUAGCUAAAGUAGAAAAGAUAUUUGUUUCUUUAUCAGUAGACAAUAGCGUACGCUACCAACUGACUUCUCUAAUUACUUGCCCAUUCAUACAUAUCUGUUUAUAAGAUGUAGACAGCAAAAAUAAAAUUCUGCAUGUGAUAUUUUCAGACAAUACUUUUAAUACCUUCUUGAGUUUUUUCAUGUUCAGUCGAGGAUUAUUUUGGUUUAAUCUGAUGAUUGGAUUAUAGCAAUCGAAUGGGAACACAUCAUUCUCUUGUGAAAGGCAGUGAAACCAACUGCCAGUAACAAUGCUAUAAUUUGUAUUUCAAAUAGUAAUUCACUCUAUAGAAAAGUUAGAACUGGGACAACAGACUCAGGGUGGAGCAUGAAGUAGUCUCUGAUAUCUCGAUUUUGUGGGGAGUGUCUUACAGUUAGUGUUUUAUGGGUGAGAUUUGGGAUAUCAAAAUCAAAAUAAAGCAAACAAUAACCUUCCUUAGAAUGAUUUUUUUUUUUUUUUAAAGUUUAGUACAGAGUGUUAUGUAGCAGUGUACUUUUUUCAAGGAGAAUGAUACUGGCUGAAGAGAGAGUAAAAGAGAACUUUGUUUUCUUCAGGUAGCCUUCCAAAGUCAACAUUAGCACCCUGUGUAUGUUACAUUUUGUCUCUUUUGGGACCUGCCUUUCUGCACUCAUGCAGGGAACAGGCAUAUCAACGCAAAUUUGUGAUACCCUCUGUAGUGUUUUGAUGCCCUGAGGUCCCCAACAUAAGUACUAUUGACAGCUUGUUGUCUUUUCUGUGCUGCUGUUCCAGACCUGUUUAUUAGAAAGCCUGACUGAUUAAGAUUCUUAGCUUUAUUCUGGAUUUUUUUUUUGCCAACUUACUAGCAGUGGAAAUAUAAACGUGUGAGAGUGAUUUGUAACCCUUCACUUAAGGUAGGUCUCAGUAGAGCUGUAGAGAUGCUUUGUCUUCCAAACACUGCAGAAAAUGCGCGUGUCUCCCCGACACAAUGUGUCAUUGAUGCACUAUUAUUUAGUACAUGAUGUCUAAGUUAAAAGUGAUUUGUGGCUAAGAUUUGGGACAAAAAGUCCAUGGCUUUUUUUUUUUGCCUGCUGUAUACUGUACUGGGCCUUAAAUACAACUCUGAUUUAGUCUUAUGUCUCUUUAUAAUCUUCACCUCGCUUGCUUACGUCCCAUGGGAAUUCUGAAUAAUAUGCUGAAACUUGGAGCAAAGCUGAGCAUUUACACUACGAUGCUGUAAUCUACAUUGACAAUUGCAGGAAUUGCAAUAUAUACAAGAGCAAAGCUAAGUCCUUAGUUUAAGCAAGCAAGGCUAAACUUACAUAGUUAUGUUAUGACAAAAGAUCAUUCUGAUCUUUCUGAUAAUAAAUAUAUAAUUAUAUUUUUUAAGGUGAGGAAUAGUAAAGUAGCCUGGUUAUAAGACAAAGCUUCUCUUUGAUAAAGAAUUGUCUACUUAGAAAAUACUACAAAAAACUUCUUGUCUGUGCAUAUCAUGUUUAGUCUUGGUGAAAGUUCAUUGUAUUAUGGUUUUUAUGUCCUAGCUCACCACUUUUUAACAAAAAUUGAAAGAAAAUACAUAUUAAAAGAAAGCUGAUUGGAUUGUUUUGUAUCUGUUCUGAUACGGAUGGGAGGCAGCUGUAUUUAGGACCUUACGGCCAGAAAAAUGUACAAUAAUCAGAUGAUGUUAUAUUUGUAAAACACCUUGCCAACUAAUGUAUAAAAGAAGUAAUAUCUUGUAACAAAUACGGCUUAGACUUUGCAAUUUUAUUACUGCUCUUAAUGCUUAAUAUCUUUUUGUUUCUGUAUGUUCUUACACUGCAUAGUUCAACAAAGAAUGUUUAUAUUUGAGGUUUAUGGUGCAGUUUUUUUACUUCUAAACUAUUGAGGUGUGCGCAUGUUCAUGUCUGGUACCUGAGUGAAGCCAAGGUCAGAAUAAUGGAGGAUGAGGGAUGAAGAAGUUCAUUCUGAUUUUAAGAGUGUGUAGAAAUCUUCAUUGUGAUGCAUUAGAGUGGAUUCUCACUUCAGAGAGCUACCUUGUGCCGAGUUUGGCACUGUAUUCUACUUGUGCAUAAAGAAAUUUCAGCUGAGAUUUAUCGAAACAGUAUCAACAAAAAAGGCCCAACCUGAAGUUUAAACCAUCUGUCUUGGGAAUAUAGCUCUUCUAUAUAACCGGUCUAGCCUGAGAGGUUGUAAAAAAGCUAUCAAGGUCUAGGAGAGGAUAAAGGGUCUUCUGAAAUGUGGACAGCAAAUGUAAAAUAAACUACUUCAGUCUUAAUUUCUCAGAGAUCAAAUAAUACCUUUGAAUGGUAUAAAAUACAGGAGUGAUUAAUAAUUAACUAAUUCUGUUAUCAGUUAGGUCAUUAAAUUCAAUGAGAAUUAGACUUAAUGUACUGCUAGGAUUCAUUUAAAACCCCAGCAUAUAAAAACAGGGAGAAAACAAUCUUUUUACAUGCGUGCAGGGCUUGGUUUUAGUGACAUUUAGAAAAGUAAAUGUUCAAAGUUAUUUUUUUAAUGUGGCAUGGUAAGCGUUUCUGUAGUUCCAUGUGACUUUACCCUGUGCUUCCCAGCAAAUAGGUCAACUUAAUUACCAUGGUUUGAAUGGUAAGAAUGCUGAUUAUGGUUAUCGUAAGAAUAUAGAUAACUUAGCUUACAGAAAGGCCGAGGAACGGAGAUGCUUCUGUAUGUUUGUUGCUGUCUAUAAGACACUGAUUAAACUAUUAGACAUAACAUAGUCCAGAAUAAAACCUUUGUAUAUAGAUUAGAAUAAGGGAUGAGUCAAGGAUGUGCAUGGAACAGAAAAAGGAAAAGAAGAUACUCCAAAGAAAGAUAUAAGCACAAAAAUAGGAACUACAUCUGCAUUCGUGCAAGUAUUUGGCAGAAGUUAAUGUCACAUUUAUAAGUCUAAGCUAUAGUCAUCUGAGCAGCUCAACACUUGGACUUCCUGUAUUCCAGCCAGGGGAAGAAUAUCAGUGGUGCUGGGAUCUUGGCUUUGUUCGUUCGUCCAUGGGUCUCUUGUUGUUAGUUAGGUUGUUUUUGUUUGUGUCUUGUCUGUUUUGAAAUCCAGUCUUGCCAUUUACUCAUUUUUCUUUUUAUAAAUCCUGUAGACAACUUCAUAGAGAAAUUUAAGCAUUGUGGCUCUGAACUUUGCAGUCUGUAGAAGAGUAACCUGUGGAAAAAAUCAGAGCCUCUGGUUAGCAUAGCAAAUUCAACAUUUAAUGAAUGCAAUAUUAAAUAUUAUACUUUUUGUAGGAGUGUAAGCAUGCAGUUCCAAUCUACGGGGAAGCACAUAUCAGCUAGGUAGGAAUACCUGCCUAGAUUUAGUCACUCAUUUAAAGAGACAGCUUCUUCAAAGGCAUUAGCAGUAGGAGGUGUCUGUUGUCUGUGCCAUGCUUUUAUACCACAAAAGUUGUAGUUAGAAUAUUGAAGUUGAGUAGGCCAGAUUCAAUACCUACCUCAUCUGAAGCCAUAGGAUGAAGAAUACUCAGUGUUAAUGACAUGCCACUGUGUGUGGGAAAACUGCUAAGGUUUUUUCUGAAAUCCCACUUGUGAGGUUAAUAUCCUUAUAUACUUGAGCAUGUAAGUGUGGAUCUCAAAGCUUAAUUUCCUUAUUGUAAAAUGGGUGUAAGAUGAUAUUAAGAUAACGUUUUUUGUGAUGCUUAAAUGACCUGCUCUUACUUCAGUAUCUAAAAUGAGGGUGGAGGGAUAUGUAAAAUUAGGUUAAUGCUACUUAUAUAGCUUAUGUUAGGCUUAACUUGCUUCAGGGCAUUAGGAGAUCUUCAGAAUUAAACUUGAUGUAGAAAAGAGGGCAGUAUGAAUUUAAGUAUGGUUUUAUUUUUAAUACAAUUGUACUCAUGGGGCUAGAACUUACCUCCAGGCAAAAAACAUUGUCUAAGUUAUGCUGAGGUACCGGUAUAAAACUUAAUGUCCACAACACCCAACCCCCCUUCAUCAUAUUACUUAUCUCUCUUUUAAAAAAGGUUCUGUAUUGCAUGCAUUGAUGAACCUACUUAAGCAAUAUUCUACGAAGGAAUCCAGCUGUAGUUUAAAAUUUUUAUGGUUUAGAAUGUGCAUGCUCAAGCUUUACUUUGACAAGAUGCUUGCCUUAAAUCUCUUUAUAAAACCCUACAGUCACAUUAAUAUAAUUGCUUGAAAUCAAUUUGCAUUAGUUCCUGCAUUGGAGGAGUCAAAACUGCCCAUGAUUGUUGACAAUGGGUAAAUGUUAGAUGUUUUUUCACCUACUCUUUAUUGUUUUAUACACUUGGAUAGAAGACAAAUUGAAAAAAAGUUUACACUUGUUUUGUGUAUAAUACAAAUAAAGUUCAAGAUCAGUUUCUUUUCACAA